AUGGCAGAGGAAGGGAAGAUAAUAAGCGCUCGUAGGGAAUAUGUGUCUGAAUACUAUCCUGAUCUACUGUCUAACUACUCCAAUUCAUCAGGAACAAUAUCCUACGAGACAAUAAUUACUCCUCGCCGACCGGAACAGCGAGAUUUGCGGCAGGCAACCGAGGCAACAAUACCAACGCAGCAUCCAUACUAUUUGCGGGAGGUUGAAUUACUUCCACCUCCAUUGAUACCCGAAAUAGUUGAGUGGGACUUGGUUAAACGAAUAAAUAGACUGCUACUCAAUAAAGAAAAAAAGAAAAAGACUGUUGAAGUGCAUCGAGCCGACAAAGGAACGGUAGAGCAGAGUAAAAAGGUAUGUCCAACUGAGCUGAUAAGGAGCCCGACGACACCUUUGGUAACAAUGGAGGCGCUGGAGAAAACAUUCAAUAACGACCCGUACUACAUUUCUGAAACCGAGUUGGUUCACGAGCAGACAGAACUUUUCAAAAGACGAGUACAGAAACGACAACAGCAUCACGCAUCAGCAAAGCGUACUCGCCCAAACUUUCCAAAAGAUCCUCCUGUGCCGGAAUCGCGAUCAUAUGGUCCUGCUGCUAUGUCGCACGAUACAGGAAGCGAUUACUCGUUUUCAGAAGAUAAUUAA